AUGGACGACCUAUUUGACGGACUGGAAAUACCAGUGGCAGCGGAUUUCCAUGUUCACCUUCGAGAUGGAGCAAUGAUGGAAGCAGUAACUCCUACCAUAAGGCAGGGAGGUGUCGAUACGGUCUUUGUUAUGCCAAAUUUGGUUCCUCCUAUCACCACGGUUCAGGCAGCGCUGGAUUAUAAGAAACGCUUGCAGGCAAUCGAGCCAAAUGUUAACUACCUGAUGUCUCUGUACCUUCAUCCUUCGAUAACGCCAGACACGAUCAGGGAAGCAAAGAAGGCAGGUAUCGCAGGUGUAAAGUCAUACCCUGCCGGUGUCACUACAAACUCUUCUUCAGGUGUAGUAGACUACGAAGCAUUUUACCCAGUCUUUGAAGCGAUGGAGCAGGAAGACCUCGUCCUGAACCUUCAUGGGGAGGCGCCACCUUCUCCAGAAGCAAUGGAAGGUAGUGGAGCGUCAAGACAGAUUACUGUUCUCAACGCUGAACAGGAGUUCUUGCCUACACUCAACGCACUACACAAGCGUUUUCCGAAGUUAAGGAUUGUCCUUGAGCAUUGUACAACCGCCGCGGCCGUCGAAGCUGUUAAGGGAUGUGGCCCACAAGUGGUAGGCACGAUCACAGCACACCACCUCUUCCUCAUCAUCGACGACUGGGCAGGCAAUCCGAUCAAUUUCUGUAAGCCUGUCGCAAAGCUGCCUAGCGAUAGGAUUGCGUUACUCCAAGCUGCAGCAAGUGGUGACUCGAAAUUCUUCUUUGGCAGUGAUAGUGCUCCACAUCUGCUCAGUGCCAAAAAAGGUUUGACAGAUGGUGGGCUAGGUGCUGGCAAAUGUGCAGCAGGAGUCUUUACACAGCCGAACGUGGUUGGUUUUGUACUUGAGGGCUUUGAGAGAGCUGUGAAGGCAGGCGUGCUGAAGAGAGAAGUGUUAACGGAGGAAGUAAUCGAAAGCUUCACAGGGCGCUCAGGAAGGAAGUUCUAUGGCAUCGAAGAAGCGCGAGGAAAGAUCAAAAUAAGGGCAAGAAAUGUACAGGUUCGGAAUGUGAAAGUAGGAAAGGCUGGCGAAGGUGAAAAUAUGAACGAGACUGUGGUAACUUUCAGAUCAGGUAAGCCAACGUAUGGCGUGGAUUGGCUUUAA